AUGCCCGCUACCAUACACCGCCUUUCCCCGGAGACUCUGGCGGCUAUCUUCUCGCUUGUCGCACAGUCUAGUCCACCACGCCGUAUAAACCUGGAUUACCUUUACGAAGGGCUGCAAGUGCGCGGCGAUGACCCUCAUCCGCUCCUCGAUGAUCUGAACGAACUCGAUGAGGAUGGUACUCACGGCGAUGUCGAACCUCGCGAGCACGUCGUCUUCCUUGAUGACGAACCCAAUCUCUUCGACCCCGCUAUCCCACUGGGCGAAAGCAACAGGGUUAGCGACAGCGAAAUCAACAUCGCCUUCAACCCUUUCGGACUCGAGGACUUCCCUGACGGGGAGAACCCGCUCGAUGAAGACAACGACGCUGUCGACAAUGAACUUGUCUUCUACCGUCCCCGCCGUCGCCUCCGUUGCCGCGCGUACUCGCUUGGGUUUAUCAAGCUCUCCCAUGUCUGCGGGUCAUGGCGAGCGCUGGCACUAUCCCUACCUACUCUCUGGGCAGGCGCCGUCUACAAACUACCGCACCCAAAUGCGAUUGAGACCAUGGUGGGUCGCGCCCGAGACGCUCCGCUGUCUAUAUCCACAAUCCCCGUCGCCUAUACAAAGGAGAGGGAGCGCAACGCUGCCAUCUGCCGGUUUGCCUUCGGUCGUACUCGUCAGAUCCAUUCGCUUCGGCUACACUUCGGUCGUAAGAUCGGCAUGGAGUUCGAUUGGCGAGCACGGGAGUCGCUGUCCUUGACGCCUCUCCCGAACCUGUCGAGGCUCUCUCUCUCGCUCUACGAUGCGCAGGGCCAGGACACGCCACCAAUCGAUGCUCCCAACCUCAAGUCUGCGACGCUCAGGGGCGCCUGGUGCAGAUUCGAGUCUCAGGACCUGCGAUACCUUAACUAUACGGUCAACACCAGCCAAUCAGAGUCCAUCAUCAGGUUGCUCGAUAUCCUACACAGCACGCCUCUCCUGCGGACGCUGCGUUUGACUGUGAUUCAUGGGUCCCUACGUGAAGACGACGUCAUUGCCGCCAAGCACUCCAUCACUCUACCGAAUCUCGACCUUUUCUGCGUUUCUUUCCACCAAAGGGGGUGGUCCGACGACCACGAUGAGGAUCUUACGGCCUUCUUUCGUGUCAUCUCCUUACCCACCUCCUGUUCGGUACACGUGCACGACAGUCGGCAUGCCGACGAUUGGCCUUACUCCUUGGAUGCCUGCGGACACCUUCUAUCCCAUGGCACGUAUGACGCUGUAGGCUUCUACUCCAUCGAGGAGUGGAAGGGAGGUUUCUACGCCAGCGCCUUUGAUCAGGCCCAUCCCCCGAAGUCCGAUAGAGAGACCCACUUCCAGCCGGAAUGUUGCGAGCGGAAGGGACCCGCAGAACCUCUUCGCGGCCAGAGCAUUCGCCUCCAGAUCACGCCUGCACACCAUGCGCUCAAAGCAAUGGAAGUCCUGCCGCGUGUCAUGUCACAUCUGCAGCCUACCGCCAUCACAUAUCUCGCCUUAGACGGCAUGCACGAAGAAGACGUCACCGCACUACGCAUCGCCCUUCGCUCGUUCACAGCGGUCAAGACGCUCGUCGCGCGAUUGCGAUUGAACUAUGCACUUCGUGCGCUGUGCUCGGACGCCGAGGGCACCGAACCACCUCUUCCCGCGCUCGAAAAGCUGACGGUCACUCAUUACGGUAUCCAGAGCGACUGGGAGGAUAGGGCGACCAAAUGGUGGAUGGAGCUCGUCGGUGCGCUUGAGGAUCGCAUGGGUAUGGGACUCUCUGUGCGCAAGCUACAUCUUGUUGGGGGUUGGAAGCCGAGGGACGGUGCGAGGGAGAAGAACACAUUCUUCCGCGCGCCUACGCAGCCGUCAGCUUACGCAGAGGCGAUGGAAAGGGAUAAGAUGCUCACAAAGGAGGCUGAGCGCGAUGGGCUCGCACGAGCGAGAGAACUGGUCGACGAGCUGGUUGAUGAGCGUGUCAUGUAA